UGAGGAUAUCUCCUCCACAGAGAAGCCCAAAGGCAAACAGAACGGUUUGUCUGCGAUGAUGAAGAGCACGUUCUACCCCGACAAACGGGAGAAGGACUCUGACUCUGAUGAUGAGGAGACGUCGGAGAACGAGGAGAGCCAGCACGGUCACAAACAUAAUAAAUUUUCCGAGGCGAUGACCAAGCUGAACCCGUUUCGACCUGCAGCCAAAAAAGACGCUGAAGACACAGAGACGCUCAAAGAGAACGAGAAACUAGAGGAAGAGAAGUCGAAACCGGUCAAAAGCAACGCGAUCCAGAGAGAAACAAAGGAAAAGAGUGAAUCCCCAGCGGUCCGAUCCAAACCAACUGCAGAGGAAAUGAAAAGGACAUCCACACACGAUAAAGUGAAUCCAGGAGGGGCCGAGGAUAAUCAGGACAAAAAGGAAAUGACCUCCCGGCAGAAGAAGGACAAGGCUGCAGAGACUCCUGUCGUCCCUGUGCGACCGUCAGAGGAGGAGAUGAAGAGAACAGGGAAAACAAAGCUGAGCAGCAACCGUCAGAGCCACUCAGACGAUGAAGGACUGAAACCAGAUGAAUCUGCUGAAGCCAAAGACGGAGACGAGGUGAAUCCUCCAGAGAGUAAAACAACCAAAGUGAAAAAACCCAAGCACCAUAACCCGUUUAUGUCUCGUGCUGCAACAAAGGCUGCGUCUGAUGAUGAAGGACUGAAAGAAGAAGAUGAGUCUUCAUCCAAAGAGGAGGAGAAGAAAGACGAGGAGCCCAACGAGAACAAGGAGGCGACCAAAGUCAAGAAGCCUAAGCGUCACAAUCCCUUCAUGCCACGGGUCAAGUCCGCGGUUAUUCAGCGGCCCGGGCAGGCGGAUGCUGAAGAGAACGAUGGUGCAGGCCGGUCCCUGUUCGACCGGCUGGAGGAUCUCCGUGUCGACCCGUCAGAGCCUGAAGACCAUCAGGAUGUGGAUCUCAUGGAGUGGUGGAACACGGUGGAGCAAUGGGAGGACGCGCCUCAGGUUGAAGACAUGACAGAGAAGGAAGAGGCCAAGGCGUUUGCUUUGACGGCCGAUAAGGUGCAGAAAGGAAUCCGUGUGUUCAACAAACUGUUCUCGGAGCGCGCCGAGAGUCUCUGGAUGCACGUGAUCAGCCUCAACACGCUCGCCGACGGCUUGGACAAAUUCAACAAGAGAACCAAGAUCGCUCAGAUCACCGGCGGCUCCACCAGCGCCAUCGGGGGCAUCGCCACCAUCGCCGGCCUCGCCCUGGCCCCGGUGACCUUCGGAACCUCCCUGAUCGUGACGGCGGUGGGAUUGGGCGUGGCCACGGCCGGCGGUCUGACGUCAGCGGGCGCCGGCAUCUCCAACCAGGUCAACAACUCCAUGGACCGCAAGAAGGUGGAGAAGAUCGUGCAGGACUACCAGGAGAAGAUGUUGGACCUGAACAAGUGCCUGAAGUUCAUCAAGCAGGGAAUCGAAGAACUGCGCAAGUUCGACCUGAUCAAGAUGAAGAAACACGCGUACAACCGGGACUUCCCCGUGCUCAGCAGCAGUUUCUACGAGGACGGCGCCAUGGCAGGAAAGGCCAUCCUCAUCAACGCCAACGAGAUCAUGCGUGUGGUUCAGAUCGCCAACGUGGCGGGCAGCACGGCAGCCAGGGCGGUGCAGAUCGCCAGCAUGGCCACCGGCGUUCUCACCGGACUCUUCGUGGGUAUGGACAUCUACUUCGUGGCCAAAGACUCCAAAGAACUCAAGAAAGGGGCCAAGUCGGAGUUCGCCGCCAAAAUCCGGGAAGUGGCCACGCAGCUGCACGACGGUCUGGUGGAGCUCAACUCCAUACGGGAGGAGCUACAGGCCACAACUCCAGAGGGCGUCGCCGAAGAGGAAAAGGCCGAUCUGGAAAGCAACGAGAAAAAAGAACAUAAAUAUAGUUCAGAUGAGGAAGAAGAUGAAAUCGACCGCAUUAAAAAAGCCAUCAAAAAGGAUUAUGAGAACCGGGAAUAUGUUUGAACAAGGACUGGCUCAAAACUACAAGUGUCCAAAGAGGAGACGUCACUCUUGAUGAAAAACUGUUUUCUAAAAUUAAUCUUCUGGAACUGGCUGCCCGACAGCUGAUCAGCAUUUUCUCUAGAAGGAGGAAGUGAAAUUUGUAGUCAUUAAAGUAGAUAAAGUCUCAUAUCUGUGCCAACGUCUCAAACGGCUGCGUUGCCUUUUCAGAAAAUGGGAUUAAAAAUGUUAAUUCAAUCGUGUAUUGUGAUAAAACUGUUUUAGAUUGAUCAAAGAAACAAAUGCAGAAUAUUUUCUAGACUUUAUAUUUCUGAUUCGCAAGAGUCAAAGUUUGUCGGUUCAUGUCGUAGCACUGGAGCUUCCACCGACCAGUGGAGGAGAUCGUGUAAACUCAAUGGGAGCUGUGCCUUGUCUUAUUAAUAAUCAGAAACACAGUGUGAUGCAGUGGAGCAUCAGUGUGUUUCAUGAAGUUGUGUAGUUGUGGUGAAUGAAACCACUUCACUACAUCAUGUGCUGCAGGUUUUAGAUCUGAUGUGGGAUGUUCACGGUUUGUUUGACUUAAUGAUAAUGACUCAUUUUAAACAUUAUUGAUUUAAUAUAAUAAUAAUAAUACUAAGCUUUGUUUAAAUCUGCUGGGCAAAAGGGAUUUAUUUUUACAACAGUGCCAAUCCUUUGUAAAUGUAGCUGUGACUUUAUUUCUACGCACAUGGAGAAAGAUAUUUCAUCUCAUUAGGUUUUAGGGGCAUUUUAGGGGAAUAACUGAACUUGCACAUGUUAUUUGCUCAUUUCGUCGAAUGUUAUUAACCUCGUUUUUGGAUUUGUGUUAUAUUAUUUUGAACCAGUGUCAAAUUCAACAACUAAUUUACCUUUUCACUCCAAACUUGGUCUUAUUGUCAUAGUACAACUAAAAUGUCAAUUUAUGAAAUGCACCAAUCUAAGAGUUGUGUCAUCUGUACUGUUUGAACUUCAUAUUUAUUUCUCUUCGGUCUCUGGGUUGAUCUGGUUGUUUGGUGAAGCCUUUUUAAGUGCAAUAAACUGUAGAUU